AAGAGUCUCACCACAACAAAACCAAAUUAAAGAGUUCGUCGGGAAAAGAAAAAAGAACAUGCCGACGAACAACACACCUUCCCUCACCAUUUUUCUAAUCUUACUCGGUCUACUUCGGUUCGAUUCAUUUCCCGGUUUAGAAGGAGCGACCGGAAAAUUAGCUUCGAUUCCGGGAUUAUACGUGUUCGGAGACUCGUUGGUUGAUGCCGGAAACAAUAAUUACUUAGCAAUUUCAAUAUCCAAAGCUAAUUAUCCACACAACGGCGUCGAUUUUCCUAGCAAGAAAGCCACCGGAAGAUUCUGUAACGGCAAAAACGCCGCCGAUGCUAUCGCCGAGAAAUUUGGUUUACCGUUACCACCGCCGUAUCUCUCACUGAAAGGCCUAUUUAAGGAGAAAAAGAGAGAAUCCGCCGCCGUGACCGGUGUUAAUUUUGCUUCCGGCGGAGCCGGCAUCUUCAACAGUUCCGACAAGAAACAUGGACAAGCUAUUCCUUUAUCAUACCAAGUGAACCAUUUCAUGUCCAUUCAUGAAGAACUCACGAAUCAGCUUGGACCAUCAGAAGCACAAGUUCACCUCUCCAAAUCUUUCGUCGUGGUCGUAGGCAGCAACGAUCUUUUCGACUAUUUUGGAUCGUUCAAACUUCGACAAAUGACCAAUCCUCAAGAAUAUGCACAAUCAAUGGCUGAUAAACUCAAAGAGCAAUUGAAGAGAGUUCACGAUACUGGAGCACGUAGAUUCCUAAUGAUCGGGGUAGCACAGAUAGGUUGCACACCGGGAAAAAGAGUAAAGAACUCGACGAUUUAUGAAUGCGACGAAGAGGCAAACACAUGGUGUGCUUUGUACAACGAAGCUCUAGUAAAGAUGCUGCAAGAACUCAAACAAGAGUUGCAAAGCUCAAUGACUUACUCUUACUUUGACAACUUCAAGUCCGUCCAUAACAUUAUCACCAACCCUGCCCGUUACGGUUUUGAAGAAGUGACAUCAGCGUGUUGUGGAAAUGGGGAUUUAAACGCGGAGUCUCCAUGUCUUCCCUUGUCAAGGUUAUGUUCAGACAGAAGCAAAUAUCUCUUCUGGGAUCUCUACGGUCAUCCCACGGAAGCUGCGGCUCGGACCAUCGUCGAUCUUAUGUUAUCUGAUGCUGAUUCUCAAUACUCCUCUCCUUUAACUCUCACUCAAUUGGUCUCUUCUUGAGAUCCUGAGAUCUAUAUACAGCUUCGUUUUGCACCUUAACAGAAAAAACAAAUUACGGCUUCGUUAUCGAAAGAUUAGAUCAUCAAACAGAAAAAAAUGGAUUUUGGAGUCUUGAUUUGUAAUCAAGUAUAACGUAAUUCAAAAAAAGAAGAAAAUAGUAUACGUACUAAUUUGUUACCAUGCAAUGAAAUAUUUAUUUAUUAAUUUA